GUUGAGUAAUCUCUGAGCAUGAGCUAUUAUAUUAGCCCAGCCUUGUUCUGCUUUAGCCUGAUAACAGAGUCAAUCAGGCCUCUAGCAUGAAGAAACCUCUGCGAACUGUGACUUCAUCCUGCCUGUUCAUCCUGCUCACAUCUUUGUCACAUGUUAGAUGUCAGCAGCCAGUAAACUGUAUAUGGGGCACUUAUGGAAGCUGGUCAGAGUGUGAUGGCUGCACCAAAACACAGGUUAGAACUCGCUCGAUACAAGUUUUCCCUCAGUUCGGUGGAAGUGUUUGCACAGGGGAGGCUGUUCAAAGACAAGCAUGUGUGCCUACUAAAAGCUGUCCUCUGGAUGAAGGAUGUGGAGAUCGGUUCCGCUGCAGUUCAGGUCAGUGUAUCAGCUCAACUCUGGUGUGUAAUGGUGAUAAUGACUGCCAGGAGGACAGUCUAGAUGAGCAGCGCUGUGCACAGUCCAGCACUAUCGUGUGUAACUUGCAUAAAACCCCACCCAAUUCGGAUCUCACUGGAAAAGGGUUUGACGUGUUGACGGGUAAGCUGAAGGCUGGUGUUAUUAACACUCUCAGCUUCGGCGGCCAGUGCAGGAAAGUGUUUAGUGGGGACCACAGAGACUUUUAUAGACUCCCACAAAGUAUCCUCAGGUAUAGCUUUCAGGUGGCUGUUGACAAUGACUUUAGUGAGGAGUUCUACAACAGCUCCUGGUCCUACAUAGACCAUGUAGAGCAGAGAUAUAAAAUCAAAGGAGGCCAUGAUCACAAAACUUUCCACAAUGAACUGAAGAGGGACAAGGCCUACCAGCUCUUGAUUAUCAAGAACGAGGUGGAAGUAGCUCAGUUCCAGAACAACAUCCCAGAGUACCUCCCACUAUCUGAGGAGUUUUGGAGAGCUCUAUCUGCUCUGCCCAACACAUAUGAUCCAGCAGCCUACCGCUCAAUCCUGCAACUCUAUGGCACACACUACAUGGCGGAGGGCUCUUUGGGUGGAGAGUACCAGCUCCUGUUGGAGUUUGACUCCCAGUUUAUGAGUGAGAUGAGUCAAACAGAUAUCGAUUUUCACAAGUGUGUGACACGUGUCAAGAGACGUCUGUUCCGAAAGAAGAGAACGACCAAGUGUGAGAAAUUGGUCCAGUCGAUUAGGAACUACAAUGAGCAACGCAGCCAGACGUUGCCAGUGAAGACCAACAUAAUUGGAGGACAUGGUGCUUAUGUGGCUGGUUUAGGCCUUCUGGACCUGGAGAACCCUGAGCAAAACCAUGAUAAGUAUGCCAAAUGGGCCGGCUCAGUCAAGGACUUCCCUCAGGUCAUCAAACAGAAGCUGAGGCCAAUCUAUGAGCUGGUGAAGGAGGGAUCAUGUGCACAGCUGAAGAAGCUACACCUGAAGAGGGCGCUGGAGGCCUACCUUGAAGAACAGAGCCCAUGCCACUGCAGGCCUUGCCAGAACAACGGCAAGCCUGUGCUGAGUGACGGAGUGUGUACCUGUGUGUGCAAACCCGACACCAGCGGCGCAUCCUGCCAGAAUGGUCAUGUUCUUGGAGAACAGCCAGGAGUGGUUCAUGGCGGUUGGAAUUGCUGGUCGCCCUGGGGAACUUGUUCUCAAGGUCAGAAAUCAAGGACUCGCACAUGUAAUAAUCCUGCACCAAAAAAUGGAGGCAAGCAUUGUGUAGGCCCUUCCAUCGAGCACAAAGCCUGUGAGGACCCAGAUCUUGGACACUUAAGAUUUAUAGAGCCACAUUGCUUUGAUCCAUCCCUGACCCCGGUGAAGUCCUGCAAGGUUCCACCUCCUCUACAAAAUGGAUUUGUUUUGAGCCCUAAAGAUGUCUACGCAGUUGGGAGUAAGAUUGAAUACACCUGCAUUGAAGGAUACUACCAUGUCGGGGAUCCUGUUGCUGAAUGUACAAAAAGCCUGAACUGGAGGCGAGGACAAAUGGAGUGCAAGAGAACUUCAUGUGAUGCUCCACCACUCUUGAAUCCUGUCAUCGCCUCACCCUCGAGGCAGACGUAUUCGAUAGGAGAGACUGUAUCCUUGUCAUGUCCCUUUGGCAUGCAGUUUGAGGGACAGCAGGAGAUAAUCUGCCGUGCCAGUCUCAGCUGGUUUCCAAUACCCAACAAUUUUAAAUGCAAACCAGUGGUCCAGUUAGAGUCGACCAUUAACUGCAAACCAUGGGAGAAACCUGGACAGGCCCAGUGCGUGUGCAAAAUGCCAUAUGAAUGCGGGUCUUCUCUGCAAGUGUGUGCCUCUGUGCGUCCCGGCCUGGUGAACCGGAUGGGCGUGUGCCACCUUGGUGCCCUGCAGUGUCUGGGCCAGACCUUCUCUCUGCUCCAGGACACUACGUGUAAUUGGCCAGAGACCAAAUUCACAUCCUGUCAAGACUGCAAGCCAUGGGAGGAGUGCACUGGUUUGCAGUGUAAUUGUAAAGACCCAGAGGAUUGCCCAGAAGAACCUGCCCACCUUUGUGUCUCUGUAGAGAAUGGAGGCCAUGAGUCUAUCACAGAGUGUGAAGCUGGGGCUUGGAGGUGCUCAGGGAAAGACGUCAGAGUCAUCAACAUUGGAAAAUGUCCAAAAUGAUCUAAUCGAUUCUGAUCAAACAUUUUUCAUUGGCAAUAGUCCAACGUUGCAAUGUAAAUAAAAAUAACAGCAUGUGUAUUUUAGGGGGUAUUUACUAGUACAUGAUGUGAUAUUGUCAUGCCACACAAGCAGUUCAAAUCCUAUUGGUUUUCUGCCUCCAAAGCUACAGUGAAGGCAAACAACCUCAUCAUCGCCAGCAUUACACCAAUCUUUAUUUCCACAUUUUAGUUCAUUUUUAUUACAACAAUUUUUAUUUAAUAUUUUAUCAAUUAUUACAGAGAGCAAGCUGGGCUAAUUAGUUAGCCAAUACUAGCUAAGACUGAUAAGACUGUUGUAAUGGUUGCAGUGUGUGCAAUGCAUCUUCAUAGUAUUUAAUAAGUAAUAAGUAUUAUUCUGUUUUGGUAUUGAAUAUACUGUGAAAGUGCAUAAUAUACAAAAAUUAAACAAUAAAUACUGUGA